AUGCCUUUUUGCAAGGCUCAACUCGCCACAGCCAGCGGCCUUAUCUAUCACCUCGAGAACAGCACGCGCCCCAAGGCCAAGUUCCUCAACCUGGAUACGUUUUACGCCCCGUCCAACCCAGUUGAAAAGACAGUGACAGGUCGCACCCACAACGAGGCUACUGAUGAUAGUCAGUGUUGUCUGUGCAACAAGGUCUUUCGCGAGAGCUCCCACCUGAAAAAACAUCUGAGUUCACCCGCGCGGUUCAAGACAGUCGGCGGGCUCGUUAACCACAUAGAGAGCGAGAGUUGCGGUUCCUGUCGCUUCGAGGACGGCAAGAGCCGCGCUCGGGAUUUGAUAAGCGGCAAGCUCCUGAAAAAUCUCCAGAUCUCAUAG